AUGUCUAUACAUCUCUUUCAGUCUAUUCAUAUCUAUCUAUCUAUCUAUCUAUCUAUCUAUCUAUCUAGUGAAAUCCGGGCUCGAAUUACGGGAAACUUUUUUCUUACUAUCUUUGUUUUCUUUAUAUAUUUCCGUCUUUCUUUCUUUCAUUUUUCUUUCUUUCAUUUUUCUUUCUCUCUUUCGUUUUUUCUUUCUUUCUUUCAUUCUUUCAUCCUUUUAUUUUUCUUUCUUUCUUUCUUUCUUUCUGUCAUUUUUCUGUCAUUUUUCUUUCUUUCUUUCAUUAUUUUUUCUUUCUUUCUUUCUUUUUUGUUUGUUUUCUCAGUCAUUCUUUCCUUCUUUUUUAAAUUUUCUCACUUUUGUCUUUUUUUCUUCAUGUACUACAUUUCCCACCUUUCUUUCUUUCUGUCAUUUUUCUUUCUUUCAUUAUUUUCUUUCUUUCUUCUUAAUUCUUUCUUUCUUUCUUUUUUUAUUUUUCUUUCUUUCUUUCUUUCUUUCUUUCUUUCUGUCGAUUAUCGACUGACGAUUAUCCUCGCAUUUCGCUAA